UCCGCCGAACUCCGCCGAACAGCAGAGCGACACAGAGACACUGAGCAGAGGAGAGUUUUUCCUCAUUUUCCUCACAGAGACAUGAGUUUUCCGAGCGUACGACAACUUUUCCUCCUGUGUUUACUCUGGUUUAUUGGAUGUGGAAGCAGAACAGACGCAGGUCCUUAUGAGGAGUGGGAAGACGGAUUAUUGUUAAGAAAGGUGCUCCGCGCCGUACGCAGCGACGACUUCAGCGACGCCGAGUGGACGGACCAGGACGAGGACAAAGUCCAGAAUGUUUUCAAACGCUUUCUGUUUCAUUAUUCCAAAGCACGAGACUCUGUUGGAGCUGUUCAACAAGAGUCUCACUCUGUUCAUCCACUGAUGCGACUCUCACCGAAACUUUCCCAGAGGAGAAAAGUUCUGCUUCUGAAGAUCUGAUGGCUGCCAGAAGGGAGCGCUGUUGAAAAAAAAAAGGAUCUAAAGAAUCUCAACAUAAUCUGACGUCCGAACACGAUCGACAGAGCCACGCGUCGCCUCAAACUGACUUUAUAUCCAGAGAAAAUAAAUUAUUAUUGUAUAGAUGGAAAAAAAAGAUAUUUGUACAUAUAUAUAUAUAAAUAUUUAUUUAUUUCUGCGUCGACGUUUAAAGGUUCUCAAUC